UUUUGAGUGUUGAGAAAUUUUUUAGUAGUACGCCAAUCGGACGGCAAGGGAUUGAUCAUCAACUAGCACACUGAGACUUCCUUCGUACACCGCUCAGUUUGCAUCCCAUUUCUUCUCUCACGUGUCUCCAGAAAACUCCGCACUCUUCGGCCAGUCAAACCCCCUACAUUUCUGAAGUAGAGCAAAACAUCAAAGGCUCAAACCAGUAGCUCCCAUCUCACACAAAACCCUUAGACAUCCAAACAAAACGAAGCUUCACAGCGUCCGUGCAAUCUAGGGCUUCUCAGAGACCACCGAUCACGAUGUACCGAAACGCGGCUUCUCGCCUCCGGGCUCUCAAAGGUCGCACAUGCCGUAGAGCACCUGCAAGGUUUGCAAGUUCAAGUGCUGUUACUACAACAUCAUCCUCUUCAGGCGGCUUUUUAAGUUGGCUGACUGGGAGUCAGUCCAAGUCCAUACCAUCACUGGAUUUGCCCCUACCAGGUGUUGUCCUACCACCUUCAUUGCCUGAUUAUGUUGAACCUAGUAAAACUAAGAUAACAUCUCUGCCAAAUGGCCUCAAAAUUGCUUCAGAAACUUCAGCAAGUCCUGCAGCAUCAAUAGGAUUAUAUGUUGACUGUGGUUCAAUCUAUGAGUCACCAGCCUCAUUUGGGGUCUCGCACCUACUUGAGUGUAUGGCCUUCAAAACCACAACAAACCGAAGCCAUUUGCGUAUUGUGAGGGAAGUAGAGGCGAUUGGUGGCAACGUGAAUGCUGCAGUUUCUCGGGAGCAGAUUGGAUAUACCUUUGAUGCUUUAAAGACUUAUGUUCCUGAAAUGGUAGAGCUGCUUAUUGACUGUGUGAGAAACCCUGUUUUCCUGGAUUGGGAGGUCAAUGAACAGAUUCAGAAAGUGAAAGAGGAAAUUGCUGAAGCUGCAAAGAAUCCUCAUGGCUUGCUUUUAGAGGCCAUUCACUCGGCUGGUUAUUCUGGUGCAUUGGCAAAUCCUCUUUUAGCCCCAGAAUCUGCAGUUAAUAUAUUGAAUGGUACAGUUUUGGAUGAUUUUGUUGUGGAAAAUUUUACGGCUUCUCGGAUGGUACUGGCAGCAACUGGUGUUGAACACGAAGAACUGUUAUCUGUUGCAGAACCCCUUUUGUCGGACCUUCCCAAUGUUCCCCAUCCUCAGGAGCCAAAAUCUGUGUAUACUGGAGGAGAUUAUCGUUGCCAGGCUGAUUCAAGGGAUCAAACUCAUUUUGCUCUUGCAUUUGAACUUCCUGGUGGUUGGCACAAGGAGAAGGAAGCUAUAAUUUUGACUGUUCUUCAGGUUUUCAACAUUCUAAUGGGUGGAGGUGGAUCAUUUUCAGCUGGUGGCCCUGGAAAAGGAAUGUAUUCAAGACUAUAUCUUCGUGUCUUGAAUGAGUAUCCACAAGUUCAGUCAUUUUCAGCAUUCAACAGCAUUUACAAUCAUACUGGCAUAUUUGGAAUACAAGCUACAACUGGUUCUGAUUUUGUACCAACUGCAGUUGAUGUAGCUGUCAAGGAGCUUAUUGCUGUUGCAACACCUGGACAAGUUGAGCAGAAAGAACUAGACCGUGCUAAACAGUCAACCAAGUCUGCCAUUUUGAUGAAUUUGGAAUCCAGAAUGGUUGCUUCAGAAGAUAUUGGUAAACAAAUCUUGACAUAUGGUGAGAGGAAACCUGUGGAGCAUUUCUUGAAGGCUGUUGAUGAAAUUACACUGAAGGAUAUUUCUUCAGUAGCCCAAAAGCUUCUGUCUUCUCCUCUCACAAUGGCAUCAUAUGGAAAUGUCAUUAAUGUCCCAACAUACGAUUCAGUUAGCAGCAAGUGCAAGGGAAAAUGAAAUUGCUUUGUUCUGUCAAACUUGAUGGGUAUUUGACCUGUUUUCGACAGUUUUAUGCAUCUGCAAGGUGCUGUUGAAAAUAAGAAGUUUAGUUGCUUCCAUUUUUAACAAUAAAUUGUUUAUAUCCCUCCCUAGCAAGCAACGUAUUAGUGAAAUAGCUUCUGCAGACAAUGGGACUCUUUUGUUUCUGCUGAAUUCCAUGACUUUGGUCAACGGUUUUGAAAAAUCUGUCUUCAUAUUUUUUUCCACUACUGUUUUACCAAUUACCCAAAGCAAAUUCACCUAUGUUUCUUAACCUGCGAAUGUUUUGACUGGAAAAUUUUUGGUGUAUAUGUCAGAACAUGUGCUGGUUUUUGCAUAAUUUUCAGGUUUUACAUUUUACAAUUUAUUUCAGGUUACUCGAAUUUAAGAUGGAUGCUUUUGAAUUCACCCUUACGCUUUCUCUGCCCAUUUCUUUUUUUUUUCCCCGCUCUUUACAUGUUAUGGACGGUGGGGAAAUUGAUUUUGGCAUGAAGAUUAUUUCAAAGCGUAAGGAUUGCAUGAAUAUGCUUAUAUGGUUGUCAUCCGUGUCAACUGCGAACACAGAUAUUAAAUCUUAAUAAUUAUGUAGUGCACAUGUUCGAGUAACUUGCUUGCAAUAGAUUUCUUCUUUACGUCAUUUAGUACUGUAUUGAUUGAUUAGUACAUGUACUGAUUAUCAUGAAUGGUCGACUGGUUGUUCUGGAAUGGUUUUAAUUUUGGGAGUGGAAAUGAUGAUAUACAUAUGAUCAAGUAUUUUUUUUUAUUAUUACUAUUACGUUGCAAUAAUUGCUGUCUGUUCCUCUUUAUUGUGUGUAUAAAUAAGUUUUAAGUGAUCAAUAUUUGGCAUAAAGUUUGCUGUUCUUGAAGUUUAUGCUUUUAAUCUUAAGCCUUGCUCAUUCCUAAAUAUGAAAUAUGAAAGGUGGUAAAACUGGAUACUUUUGAUAUCCAUCGGCAACUACCCGGUGGCUAUACCAUUCAACCAGAAUAUACGGGCAAUAAAGACCUUGAUCAACAAGUUCUUAAAAAAAUUAUUGCUCUUUUGACAAUGGCAGAAAGCAACUGAGCAAGCCUGUUAACAAUUUAAUAAGCAUGGUGAAAGAUGUGGUCAAAACACCAAAAAGAUGGAGAGGAAUAAAAUCAAGGGCCAAAAUGCGAAAUCUUUCUUGUCAAACAGUCUUUGCCAACAAUAUUUGUCACACCAUUCUUCUCAAACAAAAUUAAGUUGGUCAGCAGAUAGUAUCCCUGUGUCCUUUCUUUUAUUUUAGAGUUCUUUUUUCUUUUACCCCCAAGUCCCACAGACAGACCUUGUGGUUUGCUCUUUCUUAACUUCACAUCUGAUUUUCUUCUCUUUAUUCUUCACUAAAGAUCAAGAUUUUUACACAUGAAUUAGCUAUAUUUAGUGAAACAUCGUUGCCAACCACAACCAGUCGCAGCAGCACUCAUUCGAUUAGUUGCAAUUUUUGUUGAGAGUUGAGGGAGGCAUUGGUAGGCAAAUUUCUGCGCUGUGUCUGAGCUCAACAUUUUGUGCUUUUCAUUCUCCACUCGGGCAUCUCUCU